AUGGCGAACACUAUGGAGUUGGUCCAGACGGGCAAACGCGAUCGUCUCAUAGAACUUGAAAAGAAAUAUCAAACGAAAUGGCAGGAGGAGGGUAUAUUCGAAGUUAAUGCCCCUUCACCCGACGAGCUGAAGGGCUUGUCAUCUGCCGAAAUUCAGGAUAAAUACCCCAAGUGGUUUGGCAAUUUCCCUUACCCAUACAUGAAUGGCUCUUUACAUCUGGGACACGCGUUUACCAUCUCGAAAAUCGAAUUCGCUGCCGGAUACCAGAGAUUAUUGGGCAAGCGUGUUUUAUUUCCUCAUGGUUUGCAUGCAACGGGUAUGCCGAUCAAAGCUGCUGCUGACAAGAUAAUUCGUGAGAUGGAGAUGUUCGGCCCAGAAUUUGAACGAUUUGAUGAAGAGGCGCAAGACAACAAACCAAUAAAAACAGCUCCAAACGGCCCAGCCGCGCCUUCAGCAGCAGUAGGGAAAGCCACGAAGGGCAAGAUUGCUGCAAAAUCCACGGGACUGACUUACCAGUUCCAAAUCAUGUUGUCAAUCGGCGUCCCGCGCACGGAAAUCAAAAAGUUCGCAGAUCCCCAUCACUGGCUGAAACACUUUCCUCCAAUUUGCAAGGAGGAUAACAACGCAAUGGGAAAUCGUAUCGAUUGGAGACGUUCAUUUGUCACAACCGACCUGAACCCUUACUACGAUUCGUUCGUUCGAUGGCAAAUGAAUAAAUUACACGCAUUGGGAAAAGUCAAGUUCGGGGAGCGAUACACGAUCUACAGCCCCAAAGACGGACAGCCUUGUAUGGAUCAUGAUCGAUCCGACGGUGAAGGUGUUAACCCCCAAGAGUACACUGGCGUCAAGAUGGAGGUCGUAGAAUGGAGUCCAACUGCGAAGGCCAUUGAAAGCAAAGUCGAUGGUCGGAAAGUAUUUUUGGUGGCUGCUACGUUGCGUCCCGAGACCAUGUAUGGCCAAACCAAUUGCUUCGUUGGCACCUCUAUAAAAUAUGGCGUCUUCGCGAUCAACGAUACAGAAGCAUUUGUAUGCACAUAUCGUGCAGCCCGUAACAUGACUUUCCAAGGUCUGUCGCCUGAGCGCGGCCAGACUCAACAGCUGUUGGAGAUAGAUGGUGCGGCCUUGGUCGGUACCAAGAUCAAAGCACCAUUUGGAUUGGCUCCUGAGGUGUUUGUACUGCCUAUGGAUAAUGUUUUGGCUACGAAGGGUACCGGUGUCGUCACUUCUGUACCAUCAGAUUCACCCGAUGAUUUCGCAACUGUCAGCGAUCUUCGCAAGAAGCCUGAAUUUUACAAGAUCGAUCGCGAAUGGGUAUCCAUUGAUCCGAUUCCCGUGCUAACGACUCCGACCUAUGGCGAGCUGACUGCGCCCCGCUUAGUAGAGAAGCUGAAAAUUCAGUCGCAGAAAGAUGUCAAGCAGCUGGCAGAGGCGAAGGAAAUCGCGUACAAGGAGGGUUUCUACAGUGGAGUGAUGUUGGUCGGCGAGUUCAAGGGUCUGACCGUUCAAGAAGCGAAGCCCAAAGUGCGCGCAAGCAUGAUCGAACAAGGAUUGGCUUUCGCAUACGCCGAACCAGAGAACCUGGUCAUCUCGCGCAGCGCAGAUGAGUUACUGGCAAAGAUGGAGACAUGGACGGUCGAGACUCGGAACUUGUUCGAGGCCACCUUGGCAUGGCUGAAUCAGUGGGCGUGUGCCCGGACAUACGGCCUGGGGUCCAAGUUACCUUGGGAUCCCCAAUUUAUGGUUGAAAGUUUGAGUGACUCGACUAUCUACAUGGCAUACUACACAGUUGCACAUUUGUUGCACGGUGGUGAUAUCUUUGGUCGGACACCUGGGCCUCUGGGCGUCAGCGCCGAGCAGAUGACGGAUGAGGCCUGGGAAUACGUCUUCUGCAACGGACCAUGGCCAGACUCAGAGCCAUUCCCCAAGGACAAAGCCGACGCAUUGAAGCACGAAUUCAAUUACUUCUACCCCUUCGAUAUGCGUUCCUCCGGCAAGGACUUGGUCCAGAACAAUCUGACGUUCUUACUUUAUAACCACGCCGCAAUCUUUCCAGAGGAAAAGUGGCCCAAGGGCAUCCGCACGAAUGGUCAUCUGAUGCUGAAUGGCAAGAAGAUGUCGAAGAGCACAGGCAACUCACUGACGCUGAGGGAAGGCGUGCUGAAAUUUGGUGCUGAUGCGAUGCGUUUGUCGUUGGCGGAUGCUGGUGAUGGCGUAGAAGAUGCCAACUUCGAUGAAAAGACUGCCAAUGCAAACAUCCUGCGUUUGCAUACGUUGAUGACAUGGUGUGAGGAAAUGUUUAAGGAUGAGUCCAACCUCCGCACUGGUCCCAAGAGCUCUUAUCAUGAUCACGUGUUCGAGGAGGAGAUUGUCGACCUGAUCAACAUUACAAAGGGUCAUUACGACGCAACUGCUUUCAAGGAUGCUCUGAAGUUUGGCUUCUACGAGUUGCAGAGUGCCCGUGACUGGUACCGAGAAGUUACCGCCGAUAUCGGGAUGCACGCAGACUUGGUCAAAUACUGGAUUCGUGUUGCCACCUUGAUGAUCACGCCUUUUGCUCCUCACUUCGCAGAGCAUAUUUGGACAGAGCUGUUAAAGGAGCCUCGGUCCAUACAGCUGGCGCUGUGGCCAGACCCAGAGCGCACCGUGGACAGGUCAAUCGUUGAGACAGGCGUGUACAUGCGUGGAACACUGAAGACGAUCCGUGAUGCUGAGAUAACGUUGUUGAAGAGGUUGCAGAAGGGCAAGAAAGGCAAGGGCGUCGAAAAUGCGUUGUUCAACCCCAAGAAACCCAAGGCCGUUCGGAUUUAUGUUGCGACCAAGUUCCCUGAGUGGCAGGACACGUGCGUGCAGGCUGUCAAGGAUUCGUACUCGAGCCCGGACGAUAAGGUGGACGAUGCGAAAGUGCGCGAUAUCCUGAUAGAGAAAGGGUUGAUCAAGGACAAGCGCGCUAUGCCGUUCAUCCAGGCGUUCAAGAAACGAAUGUCAGAAAUCGGUGUCGAUGCUGCGUUCCGGAGAACAUUGUUGUUUUCUGAGUCUGAGAUUCUGAAGGAAUUGCUGCCAUAUCUGAAAAAGUCUUUGAGUCUGGAAGAUGUGGAAGUCUUCUCCGUUGAGGAGGCAUUGCAGAGAGAAGGUCCUGGUUUCACGCGCACCAUCAUAGAGUCGUCCGAGCCUGGAAGCCCUGCCUUCGAGUAUCGGAACGUAUAG